CUCCCAGCCUCAUCUGCAGGCUCAGGUUACUCUCUCCUCUCUAGCUCGUGGGAGCCUGCAGUGAGCCUCCUGCUUCACUGCUGCCUUUAGCUGUGAGCCGUUCCGGUAGCCUCGCAAAACAACACAGUUUGCAGGGCUCGGACCUUAUACCCGGGAAGAUUUGAUGGCAAACACCAGACCAAGGACGGACUAGCACCACGCCAGAAGAGGUUCAACAACUGAAGGGCUGCAAAUAGCAGCUGAGCAAUGCCUUCCUUUGCUCUUCUCUAAGAAGUGUUUGGGAAAGUCCAUGUCCUUCCUGGAGGAGCCGUCAGGGGCAAGACUCUGGCAGCGGUGGCUCUGACUUCACCUGCCUCUGCGAAUGAGUCACAGAGUAAGUUAUAAAAAGCAAGGAGCUGCCAAGUUUCAUUUCUUGGAACCGGCUGGAAAUUUCAGCUAGCAGCUGCACUUUCAGCACUUCAACCUUUUCCUCUGCAGUUUUCUCCACGAGGGCCUGGAAACCAAGAAAGUUUGUAGCAAAAAGGACCUGUGCUAAGUCUGGCUUAGGCAUAGAAAUGUGCUUGGUCUAGAUUGGAGUUAAGUCUCCGUGAGGAAUCUUGGUGAAGCUUGGAAGCAGACUCGGGAAGAUAAUUAACCAGGUUUGUAAGUCUUUCAGGAUUGGUGAUUCUUAAAAACGAAUGAGGACUGGAAGCUCAGCAGUCAGAGGAGCUCUUUUCUCCCUCGGGGGUGUGUGUGUGUGUGUGUUCUUUUUUCUGUCUGGUGCCACUGAAAGAUUGACAAUUCCUAACUUUUCUCUGGAGUCAGAAAACGCAGCAAGCGCUGCUUUGAAAGUGAAAUCAGGGAAAAGAGGUCCUCUGGGCAGAGCUCGGUUUCAGGAUUGGAAGUGGCUCGUUAUAGAAAUCCCGACCGUGGCAACAGCCCAGCACGAGGACUUUGGCCAGCUGCGAGCACGCCAAUACUAUCUGCACCUGAGUGCUCCCCUGGGCGGGGUGAGAGCCACGUGUAGGUUGUCAGGGGCGGGAGGAACGUGAUGAGAGAUGCAAACAAGAGACACCUGAGAGAUUUCAUCCGGGCUUUCUAGAGAAGACGAGAGACUUUCGUGCUCCUAGCCCGCACGUUCCAAAGGUGGUCUAGCUAACACCUACUUCCUCGGGGGAAGGACUUUGCUUUACAGUCCUGUGAUUAUGCCCUGUUGGGCAGCUGCCUCCUGAGGAACUUUGGAGCAAUGCCAGCCACUUGAGCUGAAUCAAGCAGUGGCAGGAGCAGCAUCUACCCGGGCUGAAGUUUAAAUCUCAGGCACGUGGCGUUGGCGCAAGUGGUCACUGCUCUGCAUCAAAGUGCAUCUGUUAAUCACUAAUGAGUUCUGAGUUGGAAGAAACAGAUCAGUCCAGUUGUUCACUUCUGUGGUCACUCAAGUAGAUACCUGUGAAGGGCUGUUUCCCUCAGGAAGUGACCAGAAGAAUGAAUGGGCAUAUAUCAAACACCCCUCCUGGUGGAUAUGGAAGCUAUUUUCCUCAAACAAAUGGCUAUGGCUCCCCAACGUUUUCUCAGGCAGAGAGGGAGCAGAAUUCCAGAACAAGUGCAAAAGCUCUUUAUGAACAAAGGAAGAAUUAUGCACGGGACAGCGCCAGCAGCAUAUCCGAAACGUCGCAGUAUCACGUAGAGCACUUGACCACCUUUGUUCUGGACCGCAAAGAGGCAAUGCUCACGGUAGAUGAUGGGAUCAGAAAGCUGAAGUUGCUGGAUGCCAAAGGCAAAGUGUGGACUCAGGAUAUGAUUCUUCAGGUGGACGACAAAGCUGUCAGUUUGGUGGACUUGGAAUCAAAGAAUGAGCUGGAGAAUUUUCCCUUAAGCACAAUUCAGCAUUGCCAAGCUGUGAUGAAUGCAUGCAAUUACAACUCGAUCCUUGCCUUAGUGUGUAAAGAGCCAACCCAAAACAAGCCUGAUUUGCACCUUUUCCAGUGUGAUAAGAUUAAGGCGAGCUUUAUCCAUGAGGAUAUUGAAAGUGCAAUCAGCGACAGCAAAAGUGGGAAGCAGAAGAAGAGGCUUGAAACUCUCAGAAUGCUGUCCAAAGCCGAAGGUGCCAUCCCGCCGCCGCCGCGGGCGCCUGCACCUGUGCCACCGGGCACCAUCACCCAGGUGGACGUGAGGAGCCGUGUGGCAGCCUGGUCUGCCUGGGCUGCUGAGCAGGGGGACUUUGAAAAACCCAGGCAGUACCACGAACAUGAAGAGACAGCAGAGAUGAUAGCAGCCAGGAUUGACAGAGAUGUUCAAAUUCUGAACCACAUUUUGGAUGACAUCGAGUAUUUUGUUACUAAACUCCAAAAAGCUGCUGAGGCAUUUGCUGAACUUUCUAAGAGGAAGAAGAGUAAGAAAAGCAAAAAGAAAGGACCUGGAGAGGGAGUUCUUACUCUCCGUGCAAAACCACCACCUCCAGAUGAAUUUGUUGACUGCUUCCAAAAAUUCAAGCAUGGCUUUAAUCUUCUGGCCAAAUUGAAGUUCCAUAUCCAGAAUCCUAGUGCAGCUGAACUGGUUCAUUUUCUCUUUACCCCACUACAUAUGGUGGUCCAGACAACAGGUGGUCCAGAGCUUGCUGGUACAGUACUCAGCCCCCUCUUAACAAAAGAUACCAUAGACUUUCUGAGGUACACUGUCACCAGUGAGGAGGGACAGUUAUGGAUGUCACUGGGUGACACAUGGACCAAAGCCAGAGCGGACUGGCCCAAGGACCAUUUCAUCCCCCCCUACGUCCCGCGUUUCCGCAACGGGUGGGAGCCUCCUUUGCUGAACUUCCUGGGAGCUCCCAAGGAGCAGGAGCUCAAUCACCUGGCUGAGUCUGUGGCAAACGUUGCAGAGCAACAACGGAAGCAAGAGAUGAAGAGACUGUCAACUGAGCCUCCCAGUGUUCCCGACUACCCUCCCUCCGAUGGGUAUGCAUUCAGUAACACAGUGUACAAAAGAGGGCCUCUGCUGGACCAGGGGGCGGCGGUGGCUGCCUUUAAGCAAACUGUUAGCCGCCAUGUAGAUAGGAACUACGAGGCACACAGCAAAGCACAGAGCAAGAAAUAUGCCAAGUGCAAGUAUGAAUUCAUGGCAAGGAACAACAGUGAACUUUCUGUCAUGAAAGAGGAGAUUGUAGAGAUUCUGGAUGACAGGAAGCAGUGGUGGAAAGUCCAGAACAGAAGUGGCAGCACAGGCUUUGUGCCAAACAACAUUCUGGACCCUCUGAGGAGUCAAGAAGGUGGUCUAGGAUGGCCAGAGCCUGCCUACACCCGCACCAUCCAGAAACAGAGGACAGACUACGUUGCAAAGCAGCCUGAACCAGUUCCUGCUACUCCUUCGCCGCCUCCGACACCCGCUCCUGUGCCCGUGGCUGUGCCCCUGCCUCCCAGCGCCCCAGCGCCGGCGGCGGUUGCGCUGCCCAAGGCGCCGGCAGCCCUCAGCCGCCAGAGCAGCACCUCCAGCGACAGCGGCGGCAGCCUGGUGCGAGACACACAGAGGCAGAAGCAGAUUCCUGUGGACCGCAGGAAAUCACAGAUGGAGGAGGUGCAGGAUGAGCUUGUUCACCGCCUUACCAUUGGCCGGAGCGCGGCGCAGAGGAAGUUCCACGUGCCGCGGCCGAACAUCCCCGUGGUUAACAUCACCUACGACUCUUCACCCGAGGAUGUGAAAGCCUGGUUGCAGUCCAAAGGAUUCAACCCUGUGACUGUCACCAGCCUGGGCGUGCUGACAGGUGCUCAGCUUUUCUCCCUCAACAAAGAGGAGCUGAGGACUGUUUGCCCCGAAGGGUCUCGAGUCUACAGCCAGAUUACGGUGCAGAAGUCUGCCUUGGAGGCUAACAGUGGUAGCUCAGAACUGCAGGAAAUAAUGAGAAGACGACAAGAAAAAAUCAGUGCAGCUGCCACAGAUUCAGGUGUGGAGUCCUUUGAUGAAGGAAGCAGCCACUAAAUGUCUCCUCUUCUCUUCAGUUCCACUCUCCACAGCAUUACACCAUCCAGCUUUGUUUUAGGAAGCAGUGAAGGUCAAUGCCUUACUCUAUGGUAACCCUUAACUAGCCACCAUAAAGGUAAUUUACAGUAGUCUCCACAGAAUUAGCUGCUGCUGGCUCCUGUUCCUCAGAAUGAACAGAUGAGAAAUUCACUGGAGGUUCCUGACAGGUGGAAGGAAACACAGGCUCAUGAUUCAUUAACAACCAAAGAUGAGUCUUGGCUUUAUGGAAUUAAAGGUGACAGGUAAACUGGAAUAUAUGCCUGUCUUUGUGCUUCAUCCCAGGGAAGCUGAGCCAGCAAUAAAAAAGCAUCUGAAGCUUUCAGUAACACUAAGACUCUGAAUCCCAUCUCUUGCUGGAGUGUGCAGUUAUGUCUUUUCCACUCAGCCUUUCUUGUCGUGCUUUUGGCUGCAGGAUUUACUUAAGUUGUUGAUGCCAGCAAUCAGAGAGGAAACGUUUAGAGCAGCCCAGCAAAGACUAAGCCUUUCUUGCAUCACUCCCCAGAUGUGUUAUAACUAAUGAUGCUGUUGGUAACAAAAUGAUGCUCUGUACAUUGAUAUUAUCAAUACUUCACUCCUGAUGAGCUCUAAUAUUGCACAAGAAGGAAUAACUAAAUAGUAACACAGCUUGGCUCAAAGAGGUGAUCAGAUCUGCUGUAGGUAGCCAUAAAACAAUUCACAGUACCUUUGUUUUAUAUACUUGGUUUUUCUUUGGUCAGUGACUUAACCCAUCACAACAGUGUAUGAUCUGCAUUCUCCUCUGUGUGUGUGACCUGCACUCCUGUAUGUGUAUGAUCUGCAGUCCUCUGUGUAUAUGAUCUGCACUCCUCUGUGUGUGUAUGAUCUGCACUCCUCUGUGUGUGUGUGAUCUGCACUCCUGUGUGUAUGAUCUGCACUCCUGUGUGCAUGAUCUGCACUCCUGUGUGUAUGAUCUGCACUCCUGUGUGUUUGAUCUGCACUCCUGUAUAUGAUCUGCACUCCUCUGUGUGUGUGUGAUCUGCAUUCCUGUGUGUAUGAUCUGCACUCCUCUCUGUGUAUGAUCUGCACUCCUAUGUGUGUGAUCUGCACUCCUCUCUGUGUGCAUGAUCUGCACUCCUCUGUGUAUGAUCUGCACUCUUGUGUGUGAUCUGCACUCCUCUGUGUGCAUGAUCUGCACUCCUCUGUGUAUGAUUUGCACUCCUGUGUGUGUGUAUGAUCUGUACUCUUCUCUGUAUGUAUGAGCUGCACUCCUGUGUGUGUGAUCUGCACUCCUCUGUGUGCAUGAUCUGCACUCCUCUGUGUAUGAUUUGCACUCCUGUGUGUGUGUAUGAUCUGUACUCUUCUCUGUAUGUAUGAGCUGCACUCCUCUGUGUGUGAUCUGCACUCCUCUGUGUGCAUGAUCUGCACUCCUCUGUGUAUGAUCUGCACUCUUGUGUGUGAUCUGCACUCCUCUGUGUGCAUGAUCUGCACUCCUCUGUGUAUGAUCUGCACUCCUGUGUGUGUAUGAUCUGUACUCCUCUCUGUGUGCAUGAUCUGCACUGCUCUGUGUAUGAUCUCUACUCUUCUGUCUGUGUGUGAUCUGCACUCUUCUCUCUGUGUGUGAGCUGCACUCCUCUCUGUGCAUGAUCUGCACUCCUGUGUGUGUGACCUGCACUCCUCUAAAUGUGUGUAAUCUGCACUCCUCUCUGUGUUGAUCCCAGAUGUCAGUUAUUCCCCUUAUGUAUAAAACUAUUGUUCCUGUAUAAAUGUAAGCUCUUGGAAGAGUGGAUUCCUGGAGGCAAAAAAAAGGGGAGAGAAGGAAACAUCCAUUCCAGCAACUGCUAUUUUUUGAAGAGGCAGUGAUUUCUGUCACAGAAUGUUCUGUUGCUUCACAUGGCUGUGUGAUUUUAUAUAUAAUAUAUGUAUUAUAUAUAAUAUAUAAUAUCACUUAGAUUUAAUCACCUAGUUUAAGUUUCAUAGUGCCUUUUUCACAUGAAUCAGCUUCAAGUCUGCAAUAAACAGUAUUUGUCUGUUCAGUAGCUGUAUCUUUGUAGCUACAAAGAUGGUAUUGAAAUGAGUGUUCUUGAUUCUUUAUUGUUUUGCCAUCAGUUUGCUCUUCCUGUGCUUUAGAAGGGACAAAAAAAAAAUUAAUCCUAUUCAUUUUUCAUAAAAGGAAGAUUUAAAUCUUAAUAAAGGUGUUUAGUGCCAUUUAUUGUAAA